CUUUUUUUAAUUACAGUUGGUACGUUUAUUUUAUUUCUUUUGUAACGGACAUAUAAACACGGGAUGUUGGGGUUUUGAGCAGUCCUGGGCGGGGCGGUGUGUUGCGAAGACGCGCGUGCUUUUACCGAGAAAACGAAACUUCGCGUGCGCUAGCCUGAAAGCGAAAGCGGUUUGCCUGCUCGGUGUGAGACGUUAGAAGGUGUUUAUUGUGUUACUGCAAUGCGACCCGAAGAGCGGACGUCUCUUUCCCCACAUCUGUGCUGUGUUCUGUGUAACAGGGGGGAUGAAACGGGUAUUACAGGCCCCCUGUCAUGUAAACAGAACGUGGCAGCUCAUCAGAACUGUCUGCUAUUUGCAUCUGGAAUCUACUGUAAAAGCUCUCCCACCUUUGAUGACCUGUUCGGCUUUGACGUAGAGGAUGUGAGAAAUGAGUGCAGAAGAGGAAGAAAACUGAAAUGCUCCUACUGUAAGAAAAGUGGAGCUACAGCUGGGUGUGAGGUUAAAUCCUGUAAGCGCUCGUACCAUUAUCCGUGCAUCCAAAAAGCUAGGGCAAUACCUGCGGAGAAUCAGAGCGAAGGAAUCUACACGUUAUAUUGUGAAAAGCAUAAUCAAGGCACCAACAAUGUUGGAGACCCUAAAGUACUUCCAUUUUCUUCGCCUGACACAAGUGAGCAGGAAAACAGUCGUGGGGGAUCUGAGCCCAACUGGACCUCCCCUGUUGAGCCCAGCUGUUCUAUGGUGUUAUCUUCAACCAAGCUGCAAAACCCACUUGACCUGCUUUUCCCACUGAAUGAUUGUGAAACACCGAAAAGAAGAUCCCCAAAUAGGAAGAGGAAACAUCUGACAUAUUUUUCUGACUCAGAUGAAACUCAAGACAUCAUGACACCAUUAGAAUUGGAGGAUAACACACGUCAGAUGCAGAAUAAGGAGCCAACACCUGACUCUGAAAAUAGAAGGAGGGACUGUAAAGAGCCUAGACAAGAAGUUGCUCGUGCUCCAAAUGGUGAUGAGGCUGAAGAUGAAGCUAAAAGUGAUUCGGAUCUUGAUUCCCCGAGUCUAUUACCACCAGAGUUCCGGCAUGACAAUAUACCAUUCACUGUCAUUGCAGAUUCAGGACCUUCUAUCGAAUCAGUUACAGAGAACAGCCCCGACCCCUGUUCCCCUGAUGCACCAAGGGAAGGGGAAACACCUUUGCGUAAGUUGGAUCAGUCUGUCUGUGGAAAAGCAAUAGACAAGAUCACAGAGCAACCAAACCUACCAGUGCUUUCAUCCCCUCCACCAUUCAUCAUUGGUAAAUCAUUCACUGUCAUAAAGAAAGAACUCUUUGACAUUAAGGAAAAACGUUGUUCAUCACGGAACGUACCACCUUUACAAAUUGCAGAUAAGCUACCAGGAUCUCACGAUCAUCCCCUAGACCUAACUGCACCAGCAGGGUGCUCCACGGCACAGGUUCAGGUCACUCAACCUGUUGGCCGUGCAGAUGUGUCAGACAUGAGUGCCUCCAUCUUCUGGAGGAGGUGUAAUGAGAUGGGCUGCACAGAAGGCAUAUUUACAGAGCUCACACGUCAGCUUACUAGUUUGGCUGAAAAGGUGCAGAAUCAGCAUGCCACACAACAGGACUAUGCUGUCUCUCUUAGGAUACUGCAGGCAUCAGGGAGGCUUCCUGCAAUAUACAAACAACUGGAGCAAGAUUUGAAUGACCAAGAAAGGGAGCUCCAGAAAAAGAAAGAGGCUUUAAGGGAUGCCAAGACAGUGCUUGAAGAGAAUAACCUUAUCUGAUGUUAAAUAAUAAUUGUUUUUAUAAUCACUUUUUAUUCACUUUUUGUUCAAUUAAUAUUUUCUAAAAAAAUUUUAAAGCUGUAAUUCUUACUGUGCAUGCAUAUUUAUAAUAUUUCUACACCUCUGCAUUAAAGAACUGUAAAUGAGUUCUGGUUACUUUGAGGAAAAAAUCAUUUAUUAUGAGAUAUCAUUGCCUUAGCUGGUGUUUGCAUCAUUGACAAUUCCCAUUGUCGGUAAACAUAAAUUCCUUACAGUCUUCAUAGUCAUAGUUUGUUUUUUCAGUGGAUCCUUAUACAGUAGUCUUAAAAUGUCUUGGUUCUAGUUUUUGAUAUUCAAGGUGUAAAAUGUCUUAACGUUUUAAGAAGGGUAUUAAAUUUGAUCUGGAGCCGAA